AUGAGCACCGCCACUCCACUCACGAGGAGUCUGCAGCGCAGUACGCGUAACCUCUCAAGAUGUCGAUACCGCAUUACACUCCCCGCCCAAGCAAGCCUCGCCACCACCACUAGCACAACCCCGAGGCACGCGAGCCGGUUACCCUCAGUGCGGGGCUCCGCCAUUACAGUCUUCAGGCCGUUGGGUGCGCGGACAUUCACGACGACCCGGACACGCCGUAGCGAUGAGGAGGAAGAUUUUGACCCUGCGAGCCUUGAGCGUGAAUCAGACCAGGUUGAUGUCUGUAUUGUGGGUGGCGGUCCCGCCGGACUCAGCGCCGCGAUCCGUCUGAAGCAACUGGCCAACGAGGCCGGCAAUGAAGACUUCCGCGUUCUUCUCCUGGAGAAAGCUGGCGAGAUGGGUGCCCACGUUCUUUCAGGCGCCGUCAUCCAGCCCACUGCCAUCAACGAGCUAAUCCCCGACUGGCUUUCUGAGGACAACCCGGACCGCUUCGAGUAUGCGACCCCCGCCGGCGGUGACCGAAUGCGCUUCCUUACCAAGUCGAGCGCCAUCCCGCUCCCGACUCCGCCACAGAUGCACAACGACGGCAACUAUAUUGUUUCGCUGAAUCAGUUUACAAAGUGGCUGGGCGACCGCGCGGAGGAGCUGGGCGUGGAGGUGUACCCCGGUUUCGCAGCAUCUGAGGUCCUGUACAACGUUGAUGGUAGCGUCAAGGGUGUCGCGACAAACGACCUGGGCAUUGGCCGCGAUGGAAAGCCCAAGGAGACGUUUGAACGUGGUAUGGAGUUUCAUGCGCGCUGCACUCUCUUCGCCGAGGGUUGCCAUGGCAGUUUGAGCAAGCAGGUUAUUAAGAAGUUUGAUCUGCGUCGUGACAGCCAGCACCAGACGUACGCGCUCGGCAUCAAGGAGGUGUGGGAGGUGCAGCCCGAAAAGUUUAACAAAGGCUCCAUAACGCACUCGAUGGGCUACCCGCUGUCCAAGGACACCUACGGUGGCGGGUGGAUGUACCAUUUUGGCGACAACCUCGUCAGCAUUGGACUCGUCGUCGCGCUGGACUACGAGAACCCUUGGGUCUCGCCCUACGGUGAAUUCCAGAAGAUGAAACAUCACCCCAUGUACAAAGAGGUGCUCGAGGGCGGAAAGUGCCUUACCUACGGCGCCCGCGCUCUUAUCGAAGGUGGCUUCCAGUCGAUACCAAAAUGCGCGUUCCCAGGCGGUGCUCUUAUCGGCGACUCGGCGGGCUUUGUCAACCUGCCCAAGAUCAAGGGCACGCACAAUGCUAUGAAGUCGGGCAUGCUGGCGGCCGAGGCUGCCUUUGACGCACUCUCAACGACCGAGGGGGGCGAGGGCGAAGGUACUGUUUUCCUGUAUGAUUACGAGGACAAGCUACGCAACUCGUCCAUCUGGAAGGAACUCAAGGAGGUGCGCAACUUCCGACCCUCUUUCCACACCCCGCUCGGCCUUUACGGCGGUAUUAUGUACUCUGGCCUCGAGGCCUACAUCCUCAAGGGCAGAGUGCCCUGGACGCUGAAGCACAAAACGCCGGAUCACGCGGCAACGAAGCCGGCGGAUAAGUUCCAAAAGAUUGAGUACGAGAAGCCCGACGGCAAGAUCAGCUUCGACAUUUUGACGAGCGUGAGCCGCACGGGCACGAACCACGAGGAGGACCAACCGGUGCACCUGCAAGUCAAGGAUUGGGAAAAGCACACGCGCGAGACAUGGCCCGCGUUCAAGGGCCUCGAGAACAGGUUCUGCCCCGCGGGAGUGUACGAGUACGUCGAGGACGAUACCAAGGAGCUUGGCGUGAGGUUCCAGAUCAACGCGCAGAAUUGCAUUCACUGCAAGACGUGCGACAUCAAGGCGCCACACCAGGAUAUCAACUGGCAGGUCCCACAGGGAGGCGAGGGUCCAAAGUACUACAUGUCAUGA